AGUGUGAAAGUCACAAAAACGCAGAUCGACCGCCGUUUUCGCCACCGCCAGGCGCCCUCAGAGCUAUAAACAUAUAAUUCCAAGUUCCUGACCAAUUUCACUAAUCGAUCCUUGUUUCCCUAAAACAAAUCCCCUAAAAAUGCAGCUACAGUUUUUUGUACGAUCCCCGACUCACCAAACCCUAACUGUAACCCUAGAAUCCACCCAAACCCUAACCCUUCGCCACCUCAAAUCAUCUCUCCUUCCGAAUCCGCAAUCCAUCUCCUCCUUCUACUUUGCCCUCAAUGGAAAACCCUUCUCGGAUUCCACCCUUCUCCCGACUCCUGAAAUUACCCAUCUUUCCACCCUUUCUCUCCUCCCUUGCAUCUCUGGAGGCGGAGGCGAUGGCGGCGCCACUGGAGCCGAGUCCCGCGACUGUUAUCUUAAGAUGUACUCUGAAAAGAAGCCCGAUAAAAUCGAUCCUAAUGAGAAAAGGCUUGGUCAGUGGCUCAACUGUGCACUAUCUUAUGAACCUUUGAGAGAACCUUGCGUGAUUGAUAAAUUAGGCAAUAUUUUCAAUAAGGAAGCACUUGUUGAAGCGUUGUUGGGUAAGAAAUCGCCCAAAGAGUUUAGGCAUAUAAAGGGUUUGAAAGAUAUGAUUAAUAUUAAGUUGUCGAUGAUUCCUGGGAAGCAAUCAGAUGCCGCUGAUGGUGCCAUGUUUCAGUGCCCGAUAACGGGGCUUGAAUUCAAUGGGAAGUAUAAGUUUUUUGCGUUGAAGAAUUGUGGGCAUAUUGUUAGUGCUAAGGCUUUAAAGGAGGUUAAGUCAUCAGCUUGUUUGGUUUGUCAUAAGGAGUUUGUGGAGUCUGAUAAGAUGGUGAUUAAUGGAAGUGAGGAGGAGGUGGCGGCCUUGAGGGAGAAGAUGGAGGAAGAGAAAGUGAAAACCACCAUGGAGAAGAAGAAGAAAAGGGGAAUCGAUGUUGUGGAUGGGAAGAAGGAUUUUGGUAAAUUGGAAGGGAAUGAAAAACUUGAGAAUGGAAAGAAAUCGAGUAAUGGUGGGGUGAAGAAGUUUAGAGCCUUGGAUUUGGCACCGGCAAACGCUACCAAGGAAGUUUAUGCUUCCAUAUUUACUUCUUCGAAGAAGUCAGAUUUUAAGGAAACAUAUAUGUGUAGAUCACUCCCACUUGGUCGAAAUUGAUGAGGUGAGUUUGAUUGAUCGCAAGAAAGAAGAUAAUAAUGAUAAGUCUUGGCCCUCAUUGCAUCAUCCCUUCUUUACUGAAGCAGAAUUGAGUUGUACUUGUUUAAACCUAGAAAUCUGGUAAAUAUUUAGUUUCAAUAGUGA